UCUCAAUUCUCCACAGCUCUCCUCUCUUCACAUUCUUUUCUAGGGUUUCUUUUCUUAUUGUAGUCUCUCUAGAAAAAAAUGGCAGAUGUUGAAUACAGGUGCUUUGUCGGUGGGCUGGCAUGGGCCACCACCGACCAAACACUUUCCGAUGCUUUCCAACAGUUCGGUGAAGUUCUCGAAUCGAAGAUCAUUAAUGACCGGGAAACUGGUAGAUCUAGAGGAUUUGGAUUUGUUACCUUCAAGGAUGAGGAAGCAAUGAGGAAUGCAAUUGAAGGAAUGAAUGGUCAGGAUUUGGACGGACGUAACAUCACUGUGAACGAAGCUCAGUCCCGUGGUGGCGGCGGCGGUGGAGGAAGAGGCGGCGGUGGUUACGGUGGUGGCCGACGUGAAGGCGGCGGCGGUGGAUACGGUGGAGGUGGCGGCGGCUACGGAGGUGGUGGCCGUCGUGAAGGUGGAUACGGUGGUGGUGGCGGUUACGGAGGUGGCCGUCGUGAAGGUGGUGGUGGUGGUUAUGGUGGAGGUGACCGUUACAAUGGUGGUGGUGGUGGAGACCGUUACUCAAGAGGCGGUGGUGGUGGUGGAUCUGAGGGAAACUGGAGGAGUUAGUUAUUAAAGUUGGCUUUUAUAUUGUUUUUGUUUAAGAUUUAUUGUUCGAAAUUUGGUUCAAGUUCUGUUAUGGUUUACUUUACUCUGUGGCUCUCUGUUACUGUUCUCGUUUUUGACCGCGAUUGUUACCGUGAUGUUACCCUACCCUGUGAAUCUGUCUUGACAGACUUCUUUUGAAUGAAGUGAAUGAAAGAUUUACUAUUUACUAUUCGCUA